CGAAACAAAAAGGAAGCUCAGCGCUAUUGGUUGGCUACAUAACGCAGGGCAGCGGCCGGUGCGCCUCCACAGAGAGCGACUUGUUUGCGGCGGGAUCACGUGUGUCGCUGGUGUAAAAUUAAAGAAAAUGUCGAUUAUUAACUGAUGACUUAUGAAUGUACGACAUGCACCUUAUCCGGAUAUGAAGGGUUUGUGUCUGCGGCACUGAUUUUUAUAAGGACCGAAAAGAAGAAGAAGGAAAAACCAGAAGCGGAGUGAGUGGCGCGAUAAUGAGCUCAGGCAUGCAAAAACCAGCUGUGGCCCCUAAACCAAAGCUGUCUCACUGCGAAAGUCCAUGGCUGUCUCCCUUGAUGCCCAGAAAAGCUGACCUCUCGCAUCCAUCUCCUGGCACGCAGAGGAAGCCAAAACCAGCAUUAGCCCCCAAACCCUGCCACACCAAAUUUACUCCUGCUGUGGAAGCAAAGCAACCUGUGCCGACGAGCCUGCAUCAAACAUCUGUAUUGGAGACCCCCCAGACUGUAGGUCGUCUUAUCUCCCAAAAUGGACUACAGCAAGAGGCCAAAUUGUCUCACUGUCAUCAUGUUGUUUCUAUUUGCCUGUGUAACGAUGACCCCUGCACAUGCCUCGCAAAAACACCAACAAACAGAGAAAAAAUAGAGAGAGACUUAAAAGCACUGCACAACGGCAAAAGUGAGAAACACAGAAAAAUUGUUGCUUCUUAUGGCACCUGUGAUAAUAGGAGAGGGAAAACAGACAAUGCAGAGUGCCAAGAAAUGAACACCUCUUACAUCCAUAAUCACCUCACUAACUAUCAAUCUGUCCAAGAGACAAGUGCUAUUUACCAAAAUCUCAGCAUAUACUCCGUUCCUAAGGUGACUGUUUGGCCGGCUGUUCCUUGCAGAACACGGAGUGAUGAGGCAAAUGAUGAAAUACUUAAGGGAGUACCUGGACAAGUACCAGAGGAAGAUGCUCUUGGUGUGCCACAACCCAAAGUAAUCCCAGCACCCCCUAGGAAGUCCAGCCCUGUCCCUGUGCCACGGAAACCCAGGCAAGCUGUUCAGGACCGUCAGGAAAAGGUGGUGAAAGAGAGGGAAGAGCCUGUAAGCCAAGAUGGGGGAGGAAUAAACAUCAUAAAGGUGGGGGUGUCAUCAGAACGGAAAGGCACAUCAUCACUGUCUGUCAGUGCACCUUGUAGCGAAAGAAAGCAGACAGUUUUUCUGUCAGCAAAGACUUGUGCCCCACCGGCUCCUCCCUUAAAGAAAAAACCUAUUCUGUCUCAGCUUGACAAAGUACCAACCUCAGCUACUCAGACACCUCCAAAGGACAUCAAAGAGGAAUAUUUCGAUUGUGACGCUGGCAUUUAUGAGAUGGAUUUAUCGGCUUUGAUGAAGAAUAAAAAAAUUCAGAAAAAAGCAAUCGGCGAGCAGGAGGAAGCUGACAGCAAACACACAUAUUAUUCUCCUCGCAGCGUUUUGCUCAGCCAGCCUGUUGUGCCAGCGAGGAAAACUGGGAUGGUUAAAGUACCACCAAAGAAGCCCCAGAGAAAGAAAAACCUAAUGGCACUGAAUCAAAAUAAGGAGUCUGAGGAGAGAGAAGUGAGGGAUUCUGAGGAACAUGAGAAAAGGAAUGUCCAUCAUUUGGCGAAGGGGAGACUAUUUAAUGAGCUGCCUUUUCCGCACGCUGAGAAAUCAAGCAGUAACCUUUUAGGAGCUGAGCUCACUAGGCAUUUGCGCUCCAGCCUGAGCAAAGCAAAGUCCUUCUCUGGUGCCGACAACUUUCGCUCUAAAAAAUUACAGAAGGCAAACUCUUUGCGGAAACCGCAACCCUUGAAGUUCUCAAUGAGUGUGUUAUCCAGACAGAUAGAAGAAGGAGACCAGAUCCCAGACUCCCCUGCGAGUGAUAACAAACAAAGUGUUGAUGACAACAAUGAAGGCGUAUGGCAGAACUACCCUGAGCAUCACAGUGCUGAACGUAAAUACCCCGGUCCGUUUAUUGGGGUUGAGCAAAAUGUGGAUGGAGAAGAAGACAUAGAAGCUCUCCCAUCUGAGGACAUCCCUCUCUAUGAGGAGAUAGACAAUGUCAAUGUGGGACAGUUCUUGCCAUCUUCUCAGGCCUUCUACUCAGAGCAUAACUUGUGGCAGUGCUCAAUGUAUGUUGAUCCUCAGACCAUGUACCCAUUUGAGAGCUCAGUGUGUGAUAGUGAGGGCAUUUAUGAGGAGCAGGAUCCAUUUAUUCCUCCAGAGAUACAGACACCAGCAUACCUUGCAAGAAGCUCAUUUGACAAAGAGGUUGUACUUGAGGUCCCCUCGGAAGAAGACCCCGACACCUCAGGUGAAGAGGGUGAGAAUGAUUGCAGCUCCAACUCAAGUAAAGGUGACCUUGAGCAGCCAGAGGAGAGUAAGACAGAGAUUGAAAAGAAGAAGAACAAAAUAUACAACAUUGCCAAAGAAAUCAUGACCUCUGAGAGUGUAUUUGUUGAUGUCCUGAAGCUGCUGCACGUUGACUUCCGUGACGCUGUGUCUAAAGCGUCUCGUCAGAAUGGGAAGCCUGUGAUUGAGGACCGUUUCCUAAACCAGAUACUGUACUCCCUCCCACAGCUCUAUGAACUCAACGAGAGCCUGCUCUUCGAGCUGAGGGAGAGAAUAGAAAAAUGGAAUGAGCAUGCCCAGGUAGCAGACAUAUUCCUGAAAAAGGGGCCCUAUCUGAAGAUGUACUCUACAUACAUCCGUGAGUUUGACAGGAAUGUGGCUCUUCUGGAUGAGCAGACAAAGAAGAAUCCAGCAUUUGCUACCGUAGUACGGGAAUUUGAGUCCAGUCCCCGCUGUGCCAACUUGGCUUUGAAGCAUUACCUAUUAAAGCCUGUGCAGAGGAUUCCUCAGUAUCAGCUGCUACUCACAGACUAUCUAAAAAACCUGCCUGAAGGCUCAGACGACUACAAUGACACAGAAGCUGCCCUCACUACAGUGAAAGAGGUGGCCAGUCAUGCAAAUGACUUCAUGAAGCAAGGGGAUAACUUCCAGAAUGUGAUCCGUGUGCAGUGCCGUCUGAUCGGCCACCACGAGAUAGUGCAACCUGGUCGGAUCUACCUUAAAGAGGGCAUCCUAAUGAAGCUGUCUAGGAAAGUCAUGCAGCCCAGAAUGUUCUUCCUGUUUAGUGACAUGUUGCUGUACACCAAACCUGUUCAGUCAGGCCAGUUCAUGUUCAAGAACAUGCUGCCACUGAAAGGAAUGAAGGUUAGUAAACCGAGUCAAGAGGCCUAUCAGAACGAGCUGAACAUUGUGAGUGUGGAGCGCUCUUUCAUUCUCUCUGCGAGGUCAGCCAAGGAGCAGGAUGAAUGGCUUGAAGCGAUUUCCACAGCAAUUAGUGAAUAUAUCAAGAAGACAAUCAGUUUUAUACCUGGCAAGCUUCUAGAUGGGAUUCAGGUGGAUGGUGGUGAGGGUGCUCCCUUGGGAUCCAAAGCCCCAAUAUGGAUCCCUGACAAGCGGGUCUCCAUGUGUAUGAUCUGUACCUCCAAGUUCACCCAAACCUGGAGGAGACAUCACUGCCGUGCGUGUGGAAAGAUUGUGUGCCAGUCUUGUUCCACCAAAGAAUCCCCUCUUAAAUAUAAAAAGUACAAGUGCGCGCGAGUCUGUGACCAGUGUUUCCAAGUUCUUCAGGAGCAGGAAGGUGAAAAGACCGAGUCAAUUGGGAAAAAAAAUAACUUUACUUUGUACAAGAAGCAGAAGCAGAGACCUGCAGCCCUCAAAGAGGUUUCAGCAAACACAAACAAAUCCUCUAUGAGUGGGUAUCUGCACGUGUCCAAGAUCAGUAAAAAGCAGGGGAAGAGGUUAUGGUUCGUCAUUAAAGACAAGGUCCUGUACACAUAUGGAGCAAGUGAGGAUGUGGCAGCUUUGGAGAGUAUGCCCCUGUUAGGAUUUGUUGUGACAGCUGAUUCUCCGCAGACAUCGCAGUUCAAACUCUACCACCAAGACAAACUUUACUACAUUUUUAAAGCUGAAAGCCCAGAGUGGGCCCAAAGAUGGAUCAACUCUUUCAGACAGGCUGCUGUACUUUAAUACCUGUGGUGUGAAGCGGUGGGCUUUUUUUUACCUCAGAAAUCUGUGAAUAGCAUCUGGAGAUGCCAAAUUUCUCGUAUAUAAAGUGAAAACCAAAGUCACGUAUUUUAUCUUAUUGGUUUCACUGUAUUUACUUUAACUUCUUUUUAUAUUGUUUUUAGAGCUCUCUUGUGGGGAUUUACCCAUUUUAUUUUUGCACAGACACACGAAUCCUUUCCACAUGAAUUUAUGAAGUUUAGGCUUCAAUGCUAGAAAGCCAUUUUAUACUUGAAUACUUUUUUGUUAUACUUUUAAUGCAAUUGUCUCAUAUCUUGCUUGGAUCGCUGUAGCACAGAUUUAAUGAAAAAUUUCAUUAUCUGGAGAUCUAUAAUGGCUACUGGUAUAAUGGCUAUAAUGGCUUAACAUGUUGUUACACAUCUAUCCAGCAGAUUUCUAAAUAAAUUAUGUAGGCAUUUCUUGUUGUUUGGGGACUUUUUCUUUCACACUUCACAGGUUAUCUAUAUAACACACAAUGUGGACUUCCUGCUUGUCUAAGAAACGUUUACAUUAAUCUAGAGUCUCAAUUUGGGGGGAAAAUUCACUGUUCAAACUGUCUCAUAAUGGGUUUUGCACUUAAGUCCCUCAAAUGGCUUUGUAUGAUUA